AUGAAGACGGCCGGUCUGGACGGUGACCAGGAGGACCCUUCUUUUGGACAGCUGCAGCUACUUGACAGCUCGAAAUCCGGGGAGCAUGAAUGCCAAUGCCGCGAGCAGGCGGCUUUGCCUAUCGAUCGUUACCGGGCGUGUGGCUAUUCCAGGGAAAGGGACCGCCAACAUGAGUCGGGAACCGAGCCAAGCUGGCAGCAUUCCUCCGGACCGUUCCGGUGCAUUUUGGGCGUCUUUGGGUCGGUUUUAGCCAGGGGCAUGAAUCGCCGUUCCCACGAACUGUCAAGGAUAGCUCCUCAUCUACCCCGCGAACCGAUGUGA